GUUUACCGAAUUCCACGCAUCACAAUGGCGUCGCGAUUGGCAAAGAGCGCUCUUGGCGCUUCCCGUCUCCGGCCUGUCCUUUCUACCCGAACACUUCCCGCCGUUUCGCCCGUCACCGCUCGAUUCGCAUCCAAUGUUCCGGUGGAAGACCCAAAAACCAAAGCUCAAUCUAUCAUCGAUGCUUUGCCAGGAAGCUCCCUUGUGUCAAAGACCGCCAUUUUAUCCGGAGGCGCCGGUCUGGCCAUAGCCGCGAUUAGCAACGAACUUUACAUCGUCAAUGAGGAGACUAUUGCCGCCUUCUGUCUUCUCAGCGUGUUCACGGCCGUAUUCAAACUCGCCGGCCCUAUGCACAAGCAAUGGGCUGAGUCCCAGAUUCAGAAGCAGAAGGACAUCUUAUCCGCUGCUCGUGCUGACCAUACCAAUGCUGUUACGCAGCGUAUCGAGAAUGUUAAACCAUUGAGUGAGGUUGUUAACAUCACGAAACAGCUCUUCGAAGUCUCAAAGGAAACCGCACGACUGGAAGCUCAAGCCUAUGAAUUGGAACAACGCACUGCCCUCGCCGCAGAGGCCAAGAGGGUCCUUGACUCCUGGGUCCAAUACGAGGGCCAGGUCAAGCAACGCGAGCAACGCGAGCUAGCCGAAUCUGUUAUCGCCAAGAUCCGGAAGGAAUUGGAAAACCCCAAGCUCCUUCAGCAAAUUUUGCAGCAAAGUGUUGCCGAUGUUGAGAGGAUCGUGUCAUCCAAGGCUCAAUAGGUUUUCUAGGUUAUGUGAUUCAAAGCACCAAGGCUUUCAUUUUGUGUACAAAACUUCAGAACUAGAAAACCAUUCUAGAUUUAUAUGAAUCUUUGUUUUGACAAUAAGGGCAUUGAACAUGGUUUUCUUUCUUCUUUUCUGCUGUUGCUAUCUCAUGAUAACUAACGAGAAUUCCAAACACAAGCCACCAACACUGUUUCCA